AUGGAUUCACAUUCUGACUUAGUAGAACUUAUUGCACUUUUGACUGAAAAUGAAACAACUUCGGUGACGGGACAAGAUUUUAAUGAAACUCAUACGAGCAGUGACGUGCAAGAUUCUAGUCAAUUAAUUGAAAUGCACUGUCUUGCACUGUACAAUCGAACUAUUGAUCGUGCGGUGCAUUUCCACGACGCUGUCAUUUUAGAUUUUGUUGAAGAUUCAAGUGAAGAAGAUGACCUCAAGGUCAAAGUAUUAUAUGGUCAUCCUCCAGAAGCAGCAAUGAGACCUUGCGAAUAUUUUCUUAAUGAUCGUUGUAAUGUCACUUUUCGCAUGGAAUUGCUGUGAAUCCUAAUAAGAUUUAUCCAAUCCCGGAACUAGCUAAUGACGACGAAGAUGAAGCUGCUACGAAUGAUUUAGCAACAACUUCAUGA